GCCUCCGCUCCGGGCUGGUGGGCUGUGGCGGACCUGAGAGGGAUCCGAAGGCCCAGUCACUUCUCGGCUGGGAGCUGGCCGCCUCCAUGGCCUCCGGACUGGCCAUGCCGGUCGGCACAAGCUCCUAAGAGCUGGGAUUCUGGGAGGCAGGGAGCAUGGUGGGGGUCCUUGCCAUGGCGGCUGCUGCUGCUCCCCCUCCUGUGAAGGACUACGAGAUUGAGCCUUGCAAAAAGCGAAGGAAAGAUGACAAUGACAGAUCUUCCUGCAAAACAAUUACAAAAUAUUUAUCACCGAUAGGAAAGACUGGAGACAGGGUUUUCUCUCCAUCGAAAUCCAGUAAUAUUAUGCAUUACUUUAGGAAGACUUCACCUGUGAAUGAAAAGUUACAAUCAGCAAAAGACUGCAAGAUAAACUCAUCUUCACGAUCACCUACUGACAAUAACAGUGACUGUAAGACAUCUCUGGAAAUGUUCUCAAAUACAGAGCUGAGAAAGAAAAGAAAGAGGAGGGUUAAUCUAUCUCACCAAUUAAAUAAUAUUAAAACUGAGACUGAAUCUCCAAUUGAAAUUAGUAGAGAGGAUAGUAGGGAUGACUUUAGUUUAAAUAAUGAUUUUGUGGGGACAACUACAUCUGUUUUACUUCACAAGAAACAUGUAGAGGUUGUUGCAGAAAGUAGUCAAGAUAGCAGAAACCAAUCAAAUACUAUAACCACCUAUAAGAGUUUUAAGAAAGUGAAUCCUAAACAAGGCACCACAAAAAAGGAUUGCAAAAGGUUGAGGAAAAGGAAGCACAGAGAUGUAAUUGAUGUACCUGAAAGCUUACCAUUGGCAGAGGAACGGAAAGAUUGUAAAUAUGGUAAACAGACAAUGCCUUCUCUAACUCAUGAAAUUGAGAGUGUUACAAAUUAUGCUAAUGCUAGUGAUCAUGAAGUGGUCCAUUUAAACGAUAGUACAAUAACUGUCUCAUAUGAGGAAUUUUUAAAAAGUCACAAGGAAAGUCAGGGGCCACAGAUACCAGACUCUACAAUGUCAAUUUGUGUUUCUUCUGACACAGUUGAAAUGGCCAAAAGUGAUUAUAUAAGUGAACCAGAAAACUCUGACAUAUCUCAGCAGGUACACUUUAAGACAGUUACCGUCCUUGCACAAGUUCACCCCACUCCCCCGAAAAAGAUAGGGAAAAUACCUGCAAUCUUCUUGAAACAAAAGCAGUUUGAGAUGGAGACUAGUUUUUCUGAUCCUGAGAAUGAACAGACAGUUCAGAAAAGGAAAUCUAAUGUUGUGAUACAGGAGGAAGAACUUGAGUUGGCUGUGUUGGAGGCUGGAGGUUCAGAAGCUGUGAAACCAAAGUGCAGCCUAGAAGAGAGACAGCAGUUUAUGAAAGCAUUUAGGCAGCCAGUGUCCGAUGCACUUAAAAAUGGAGUAAAAAAAUCUUCAGAUAAGCAGAAAGACCUAAAUGAAAAAUCUUCGAAUGAGGGAGAAAGGGAGAACAGUAAAAAAGCCAUGGAAAAUUUUAGUGGUCAAAUGGUUUCAAGUACUGGCAGUUCACAGUCACAGAUUGAGAAAGGAAAUUUUCCUAAGGAAAAACGUAAAAUGUUAAAGAAAAAGGGUAAGAAAACAGAUAUUAGGGCUACGUCAGAUGAAAACAGAGAAAGUAAUUCUCAAAUGAGAGAAACAACCUUUUCCUUAAAAAGGAAACAACAUCAAAAUAAGCAUAGAAUGAAUUUAAGACGAAAGAAAUCAGAAGUUUUCAAAAGCAGUACACUAUUUAACAGUGGAAGUCUUGUUCGUGAUGACCUUUUAAAAAUGCCUCUGAGUGAUCAUACAUCAAGAAAAACCAGCACACCAAUUAAAGACAAGAUUUUGCAUUCUAAAGCUGAAGCUGAAGACGAGCUGAUAUAUCUUUCUACACACAAACCAACCAGGAGAUCUCUAAGAAGUAGAAACAUACAUACUUCAGUAACUGUUAGAGCUACUGAUUCUGAAGAUACACGAGACAGUAGUCCAGUUAAAAAAUUCAGCCCAUCAGAAAAGCAUAGCCUGUACACUGCAGAGUUAAUAACAGUAUCCUCAGAUUCAGAGAGUCCUAUCAGAAUGAAAUUCAUCAGAAUUACUACUCCUAGAAAAGCAAAGAAAAAAUCUAGGAAAUUUGAAACAACUGAUGAAGAUUUUACUUCUCAGACUAGAAAGGCAAGCAGUACUUCAAAUUUAUCAAAAGCAAAACAAUUGAUUGAAAAGGCAAAAGCUUUACAUAUCAGUAGGUCAAAGACUACUGAAGAAAUUGUGACACCUUUAAGGCGUUCCUCUAGACGUCUGGAAAAGGAGAAAUCACCAAAAUCAGAUGACUCCGUAAUACUAAUAGACUCAAGUCCUACUUGUUUAAAAAAGCCAGAAAAAAAACAGAAGAAACUUCAGUGUUUGAAUGAUGUGCUAGGAAAAAAGCUUAACAAGUCUUCCCAAAAUGUACCUGGAAAAAUCAAAGUUGCUCCUUUAUUUCUUGCUAGAAAGCCUCAAAAAACAGCCAAUACUGUCAUUGGUUUUGAUGAAAGCAGUCAAGAUCCACCUGAAAAAUCGCAGGAUUGUGAUGUGCAGUUUAAAGCAAAGCGUGAGUUUCUCAUGAGUGGCUUGCCAGACUCUUUGAAACGACAGAUUGCGAAGAAAGCUGCUGUACUAGAUAUGUACAAUGCAGCGAGUGCCAGUUUCCAGAGAGUUGUUCAUAUUCAGCAAAAAGAUGAUGGGUAUUGGUUAUGGCAUUUGAAACCACCCUCUUGUCCUCUGUUAACCAAAUUUAGAGAACUGAGUACUAAAGUAAUAAAUCUUCCAAAACGUGUCAUUGCUCUGGGUGAAUUUUCAACAUUGAAUUCAAAUAUGGAAAGUAAUUUUGCUGUCUUGUUUACAAGAACAAGGAAGGAUUUUACUAAAGAUGUGAGAAAUACUUUGCUGGAGGAAAUUCAGUGGUCCAAUCCUAACUUUGCUUUGGGAAAAUAUUUUCCCUUGCUUCUACAGAAACGAAUUGAGCACCAGGUGCUCUCUGAGGGCCCUGGCAACCAAGAAUGCCCACAGUUGGAGCCUGAUGUCAAUCAAAAAGAAACCAAAAGGAAACGAGUGGAAACAGGACAUCAGAAGUCAAAAAGAAAAAAGCCAAAUGAAUAUUCAGUCAGUCCAGAAAAGAUAAAUGGAAAGUCAGAAAAAUUUGACAAAAGAAACAUCUCUUUUGGGAUAAAGCCAGAUUCUUCCAAAGAUUCUGGAACUGAAGAUAUGCUCUGGACAGAAAAAUAUCAGCCUCAGAAUGCCAAUGAACUCAUAGGCAAUGACUUAGCUAUUAAAAAAUUACAUAGUUGGUUGAAAGACUGGAAAAGGAGAGCCGAAUUGGAAGAAAGACAGAAUUUGAAGGGAAAACGAGAUGAGAAGCUGGAAGAUUUUUCAGAUAGAAUAGGCUCUGACAGCAGUUCAGACGAAGAAGAGAGCCGUCUUUGCAAUACUGUUCUCAUAACAGGACCAACAGGAGUGGGAAAAACUGCUGCAGUGUAUGCUUGUGCUCAGGAGCUUGGAUUUAAGAUAUUUGAAGUGAAUGCCUCUUCCCAGCGCAGUGGUAGACAGAUUCUGUCUCAGUUGAAAGAAGCUACUCAGUCCCAUCAAGUAGACAAGCAAGGUGUCCAUUCACAGAAACCCUGUUUUUUUAAUAGCUACCACACUGGCAAGUCACCAAAAAAAUUAAACUCCCCUAAGAGAGUUGUAUCAUCACCAAGAAAACAUCCUCCAUCAUCACCCAAAACUAGUGGGCCAAAACGAGCACUUCCUCCUAAAACUUUGGCCAAUUAUUUUAAAGUUUCUUCAAAACCCAAAUGCACUGACGAAGCAGAAGCACCUACAGAAAGUAAGAAAGGAGUCAAAAAUUCUUCUUUGGAACAAAAGCAGAUUACUCAGACCAAAUAUACAACUGAAGCAAAUUCAAAUAUCAAAGCAUUUGGAGCUGAAGAACCCAGCAGAAAAAAUGCAACAUCUCUCAUUCUUUUUGAGGAGGUUGACAUCAUUUUUGAUGAAGACACUGGAUUUUUGAAUGCAAUCAAAACAUUCAUGGCAACCACUAAACGACCUGUAGUCCUUACUACAAGUGAUCCAACAUUUAGUUUAGUGUUUGAUGGUUGUUUUGAAGAAAUCAAUUUCAGUACUCCUUCCCUGGUAAAUGUUGCCAGCUAUUUACAGAUGAUCUGCUUAACUGAGAAUUUCAGAACUGAUGCAAAAGAUUUUGUAACUUUGUUGACUGCUAAUGCUUGUGAUAUCAGGAAAAGUAUCCUUUACUUACAAUUUUGGAUUAGAAGUGGAGGUGGAUUUUUAAAAGAAAAGCCAUUACCUGGUUGUCAGGGAAGUAAUAGAAAUGUAUUAAUUUGCUCCAAAGAGGAACCUGAUACUAAGAAUAAAAGUAAAAGUACAAAAAAGAGUCGUACAGAACUUCCUAAGUGUGAUACUGGCUGCGCUGAGACCUUGUUUGGACUCAAGAACAUCUUUUCCCCAUCUGAAGACUUAUUUUCAUUUUUAAAGCAAAAAAUCACUACAAAGGAAGAAUGGCACAAACUCAUCCAGGUUCUUUCAGAAUUCCAUAUGCGGAAUGUAGAUUUUUUAUAUAGUAAUCUUGAGUUCAUUCUGCCAUUACCAGUUGCCAUCAUUCCAGAGAGAAAAGCUGUCUGUGGCUCAUCAGUAACAGCAGACACCAGUGCAGCAACAACUGUUGUGGGGAGUCCCACUAGGAAACAGUCUGAAAGACAGCAGCCAUUGAAGAAGUCACAGAAAAAGAAACAGAAAAGGAUGGUGAUACUAGAUGAUAGUGACUUAUUUGACACUGGUUUGGACUUUCCUGAUGAACUGAUUAGCCUGUCCCUGGAGUCUUCUUCGAAUUUAGAAGAAAGCAAAGCCACAGACAAAGAAAGCAAUCCAGAGACAAAGAAACUGAAUAAGUGCUUGGAGUCUAAUGUUGAGGCUAUUCCUCGUCCUCCUGAAACACUCACAGAGAAAAACUGUUCGCCCCUUGUUUCUCACUGUUUAAAUUCACUCACUGAGUUCAUGGAUAACCUGUCCUUCUUAGAUGCUUUUUUAACUGAUGUAAAUGAGCUAAAGGAAUUUGGUAAAAAUGACUUUCAUUGGACAAGUGGAAAGGUUAAAAGUGGACUUUGUGAUGAGUUUAGUCUUGAGAACAGUGAUGGAUGGACUUCACGAAGCUCUGUAGAAUUAAAGGCAGCUGCAGAAGCUCUCAGUUUCACUAAGUGUUCUUCUACUAUUUCAGAAGCCUUGGAAUCCUUGAAUUCAUGCAAGAAAUUAGGAAAAGAUCCAACCAACGAUCUUACCUUUUAUGUUUCACAAAAGCACAACAAUGUAUGCUUUAGCCAGUCAGCAGCUAAUUCAGACAAUGCUUGCAAGAGGAUAGCAGUCAUUAAAAGUGUGUUUUCUAGUCGAUCUCUUCUGAACCUGGGUAAUAAACAAUCUAGUAUAAUCGAAUACUUGCCAACUCUUCGGAACAUUUGUAGGACUGAGAAGUUAAAAGAACAAGGAAAAAACAAAAGAAGGUUCCUGCACUAUUUUGAAGGAAUCCAUCUAGACAUUCCUAAAGAGACUGUGAAUAUUUUGGCAGCUGACUUCCCUUAAUACCCAUUAAUAUCACUUCUGGGCCUUUCGAUCAGGAUCAAUUGUCGUAGCUGUUCUUGUCAGUUUGGUAUCAUGCAUCCUCUGAGGACAGUAUAUUAAAUAGGCCUUUGGAUCAGGGAGAUGGAAUAGCUUUCUCCAUCCUCUUCAUUCAUAUUGCAGAACCUCCCAAAACAAUGUACAAAAACACAAAACAAAGCAAAACGACUCAUUGACAUCUUGUACAGUGUGUGUGGUACUUAAGGUGCAUUUCUGUAGUAUAUUGAUCUUCAUGGAAGUUUCUCUUAAUGUACAUUUGAAAGAGACUAUUUGUAUUUUUGUUAAUGUAAAGAUAUUUAAAUGAAAUUUUUGAGUUAAUUGUAUAUAUGAUUUGGUAGGGUUUUUUCCUGAAAUUUUUGUAUUAUCUAAUUUUGCUUUGUUGAUAAUGUUUUGUAUGUAAGUCAGCAGUUUUUGGAAAAGGACUCACUAGGAUAUUUCUAAGAAUGUUACAUUGCUCCACUAGACUGUACUUUCUCUCUUUUCCUAUUACCCAUAAUCCACUCGUCUCCACGUAUCAAUGCUCUUUUAUGUUGUAUAUGGGAAGCAUAUACAUGGUAAUUUUUCUAAACUUUACAUAAUACAAAACAUAAAACUUCAAAUGAAAUUUUUAAGAAAACUGCCUAGGAAAGAAAUUGUUUCUUUUCUUUUUCUUUU